AUGUCCCUGCAGUCAGAUCAAGAUACCGAUCGCUCGAAACUUAAAAAAGACUGGUCUAGCGUUCGUGAUAUUCGUGAAGAUACACCAACCUUUGGAACUCGAAUUCUAGAAAAUAAGGAGCACGUUUGGAAUCAUAACGCAUGGGACAAUGUAGAAUGGGAUGAAGAACAGGAAAGAUACGCAAAAGAAAAAGUUCUUAAACAAUCUAAUAAACUAAUGCCUCUUGAAGAACAACAAAAAUAUCACCAAGAUGCAUCGAAAUAUUGGAAUACAUUUUAUCUUCAUAAUGAAAAUAAAUUUUUUAAGGACCGUCAGUGGUUAAAAAUAGAAUUCCCUGAACUUCACAAUACUACGGAAUCAGAUGUUGGUUCAAAAAAGAUAUUUGAGAUAGGAUGUGGGGCUGGAAAUACCAUGUUUCCAUUAUUAUCUGUAAAUCAAAACCCUGAAUUAUUUAUUUAUGCUUGUGACUUUGCUUUAAAUGCCGUUGAAGUUGUAAAGAAUAAUCCCGCAUACAAUCCUCAACACAGUAGCGUGUUUGUUUGGGAUUUAACCAGUACUAAUAUACCAGAAAACAUUGAACCUGGUUCACUUGAUAUUGUGGUAUUAAUAUUUGUUAUGUCAGCUAUUCAUCCUCAAUGUUGGAGCCAGGCUGUAGAAAAUGUUUAUAAGAUGCUUAAACCUGGUGGAUUAGUUCUUUUUAGAGGUUUGUAUAUAAGAAUUUUUUUUGUCAGCAAGAUGAACUUACAGAGUAUAUUCCAUUAUGGUAGGUAUGAUAUGGUACAACUAAGGUUUAAGGAAGGCCGCAUGUUAUCCGAUAACUUUUAUGUUCGAGGUGACGGUACGCGUGUAUAUUUCUUCACUUCAGAUGAAAUCCAAACAAUAUGGGGUACAAAAUUUACACUUGAACAGAAUGCUAUAGACCGUAGAUUAAUAGUUAAUAGACAUCGUAGACUUCAAAUGUAUCGAAUUUGGUUACAAGGUAAGUUUAGAAAAAUCGAAGAACCAAACCCUCUAUAG